ACCGACAUAUGAGGAUGAAGCAUCGCAAGAAUAUUUAUGUACAGCCUAGGAAAGAAAUAUGUAAUAUCUGCGACAAGUUGGUAACAGACGUAAACAAACACAUGAAGAGACACAAUUUCGCGUCUGGAAAGAUGACAUGUACCGAGUGCAAUACAUUUAGAUGCUCUCGGAGGCAAGAACUGAUACACCAUUUGGAGUGUGUUCACCAACAGAAAAUGGAGUGCAAGGAAAUGACAUUUAAUUCUGUGGAAGAGUUCUUUCUGUGGAAGGAACAGAUGGAAGCUGAAGAGAAGGUUUCCUUCAUAAGACCAAGGGGAAAACAGAAAUGUGAUUAUUUUGUUUGCCACCGUUCUGGAUAUGUUGACAAAACAGCUUCAGGCAGAAGGUUAAGGGAACCUUCAAUCAAAAUUGGCGGCACGUGCCCUGCCUGUUUGGUAGUAAAAAAUGUGUCAUCUAACAUGGUUAAUGUCAAGUUCUACAGGACACACACAGGACACAGUCUCUCUGUGGGUAGCCUACAUCUGACCACAGCUGACAGGGCAAUGGUUGCUGAAUUAAUUGCACAAGGUGUUCCUGAUACUACAAUUUUGAAGAAAGUGAGAGAGAGCAUUCAAGUUGGACUCUUCAGAAGAGUUCAUCUUUUAAGCAAACAAGAUAUUAGAAAUAUUAGGAAAGAAUACAAGCUGGACGAUAGUAGUGCACACCAAGAUGAUGCAACCAGUGUUGAUCUGUGGGUGAGACAACAAGAGCGCCUAGGGAAAGAUUCCCCGGUGAUUUAUUACAAAGCCCAAGGCACUGAGGAUAAUGGAAACAAAUUAUCAGAAAGUGACUUUAUGAUAGUCCUUAUGACUGAGUAUCAGCAGAAAAUGGCAAAAAAAUUCUGUGCGGAAAAAGUUUUGAUAGACAGCACACAUGGCACUAAUAAGUAUAAAUUUUAUCUGACCACACUGUUGACCGUGGAUGAAUUUGGUGCUGGAUGUCCAGUUUCUUAUUGCCUCAGUACACAUACUGACACAAGGUCCAUGCAAGUUUUCUUUGAGCAGAUUAAAAAAUGUAUUGGAAACAUCAAAACAAAGGUAUUCAUGUCUGAUGACUGUGACUGCUACUACAGUGCCUGGAGUGUAGUUAUGGGCCAUAGUGAACAUAGGUUGUUAUGUACCUGGCACGUUGAUCGGGCAUGGAGACGGAAUAUAUGUGCAAAAGUAAAUGGGAAUGCAAUGCUGAAGAGUACUGUAUACAAAGCUCUGAAAACUUUGCACUUACAGACAGAUAGAGAGAAAUUCUCAGAGCUGCUGGAUGGCUUUCUUACUUGGUGUGCAGAGGAGGAAGGAACUGAGGAGUUUGGCAAGUACUUUAAAGAUAGAUAUUCAUGGAGGGCACAUAUGUGGGCAUACAGCUACAGAAUUGGACUUGGCCUUAAUACAAAUAUGUUCUUAGAAGCAAACCAUAAAACUCUUAAAUACUCAUACUUACUGAAGAAAAUAAAUAACAGAGUAGAUAAAUGUAUCCAGGCCCUGUUGCACAGAACGAGGGACUCACUUUUUCAAAGAUUAAUAAGGCUUUGUAAGGGGACAGAGAGAACUACACGCAGUGCUGAAAUAAGUAAGAGUCACAGAAGAGGUUGUGGUAUCAAUAAGGAACUGAUACACUGUGUUGAAGAUGGCACAUGGCAUGUAUACACCGUUUCUGAUCGGCCCCCAUAUACUGUCACCUAUACAGAGAACUCUUGCACUGCAUGCCCAUUGUCCUGUACUGAGUGCAAGAUCUGUGUGCACAGUUGUGUGUGUUCUUGCACAGACAAUUUGAUCAAGGGUAACCUCUGUGAACACAUUCAUGCAGUGGAAAUCAGCAAAGGAACUGUAAAGCUCCCUAUGCAAGACAGGUUCUGCAGAGAGUCAUCUGUGCAGGAGUUAACACAAAUAGUUGCUCAGCAGACUUCAGGUGCUGGCAGCACUGUUGACUACAGAGCUGCUUUGGAAGACAGGCUGACUAUUGUGCAACAAUUAGCAAGAAGUGCUAACAGUGAAACUGCUGGCUCUCUCCUUGUGUCAUUUGAUAAAUUAAUUAAAGAAAUGAGGGCAGGCAUUGCAUCGCAAAAAGAACUCGUUGGUCCACAUUUUCCAGUAACUUCAGCUCCACCAAAUGAGACAUGCAGGAUUCAGAGACAGUUCCAAUCAGUAAGGAAGACAUGUGAAAAGAAGGAACAUUCAUUUGCAACACCAUCCUGUGCAGAAAUUGAGACGAUUAUACAAGACCUCUUGGGAAGUGGAAACAGUAGCUGAGACCAUGUAUAUGCAAAAGACAAGUAAGGAAACCAUCCAGUAGCUCUGAGAUUUUUUUUUGUGUGUGCUUGGAUGUGCAGGUUUUUCAGCACAGUGUACACAGUACUCUUCAACAUUGAAUUGCCAUUUAUGUUUUGCGCAUGUCCUCUGACUCCACUUCUGGCCAGCAUGCAAGGCACACAACCUGUGGUCAGUAUAAACCACAACUACACUCUCCUGGAAUUGUAGUAGCUGUCACAAUCACCAAACUGUAUUGAUAAAAGCUUUGAUGAUGAGACUGUCGUCUUGUGUUUGGUGUUUCUAGUAAACUUUUGUAUCUGAUCUAAGAAAAACCUGCAUAGACGACGCUUAGUGUGUGUGUAGUGAGGCAGUAAAUAACGGGAUCUUGCACCUGAUUCAUCCACAGUCAACAGUGGUGUUACACAGCACAUUUGCACUAAUAGGUAUAAUUUCUUCUCAAGAUUGUAGCAUUAGAACACCAUAUGCAAUUAACUCGGGAAAAUUUGCUCUUUCAGCUGUAGGCUACCAACAGAGAGAUUGUGCUUUGUGCAUGCUAUAUAGAACUUUACACUAACCAUGCCAUAUUACAUCCUGUAAAACUAUGAAAGAGGCACCACAGCUGUGACCAUAUUCUGAAUGGGAUUGCCCUUUACCUUUUGACUGAGCUGCUCAUUACAUUACAUUAAAUUAAUACUUAUUCCAUAGUUCAUGAAUACUACAUUUAAUAGUGGAAUGUUAUUGUUACACAGUUUUUUUUACAAUUACUACUUCAUAUGCAAAAAUCAUAACUAAAAAUUCAAAUGUUGUUUGGCUAUCAGACUUUUAAUGCUAUUAGGUAAAUGAACAAAGAUUUUUGUGGCAGUGUAAUUCACCCCUUUUCAUCCCAAAGUCAGAUAUAACCCACAAUAGUGAAGAUCAUACUUUAUUUUACUGUUAUAGCUAUGCACUUUGCUGUUAUUUUUGAAUUGGGAUGAAUUAUUAACAACAAAAAAGUUCAUAAGUGAAUAUUUGUUUAGUGAAGGUUCU